AUGUUGGACAAACCCAAUAAAGCUGAGAGUAAGAAAUUCAGUAAGGUUAAACUGAAGAAGAAAAAGAUUUAAGAGAAAACUCCAGUGCCUUCAAAGGUGAUCGAACAGAAGAAACAAGCUGGGGAAAUGUAA